AUGGACCCUCGCCAGGACGACAACAAGAAUAAGAAGCCGUCAGAGUCGGUACCGACCUCUAUCGACUCAGCGGAAGCGACUUCUUUACCGACAGAGGUCCCCGCGGAGGGAAUGCUCAUGCCAAACGGCAAAUACUACACCAAUUUCUCUACACUCGAGUCUGCGGGCUCAUACCGCACGCUCAACAGCUCGACGACAGGAUGUUACGCCGAAAACGGCUCGAUGCCCAUCCUCCUCGCGGAGAAGGACGAUUGCAACCUGGGUUUCUUUUGCCCAAACAGCACCGACAACGCGCCCCCGCAAUACUGCCCGCCAUCCUUCCAAUGCCAGGCCCUAAGAAUGACGGGCAAGGACUGUCCGCCACAAGGCCUACUUGAACCCGUGGUAUGCCAGGGUGGUUACUACUGUCCCAAGGGCGGCAAGGAGAAAAUCGAGUGUCCGAAAGGUAGCUAUUGCCCUUUUGGGAGCUUCGAGCCCUGGCCAUGUGCAUACGGCGCGAUAUGUCCCGCGAAGUCGCAGCGCCAGAUCGUCACGAUGCCGUUUGGUUUCAUGAUUGCGUUUGAUAUCGUGCUCGGCAUAAUCGUUGGUCUGGGGUUCUUCAUCUCCGCGUGGAGAAAGGGACGAAAGAAGAACUAUGCUGCGCUGCCGAAUCCGGAAAAAGAUAUGGAUGAUGACGGCAUCGAGCUGAUUGCCAAGGGGAACAAGGAAGCGGCUGAGGACCACGAUGAUCUGAGCGCGAAUCCGGACUUUCAGGUUUUCAUGCGGUACAUUUCGCGACUCAUCAAGACGAAGGAUGUUGGUCUUUCGUUCGAUUUUGAAGGCUUGGAAUUCGAGCCGCAGCCUGGGAAGAAGAUCUUGAAGGGCGUCAGCGGGUCCAUCCAGAGUGGCUCGAUGUGGGCUGUGAUGGGUGGAUCCGGUGCCGGAAAGUCUACGUUCUUCAACGUGCUCAUGGGAAAAACGCGCCACACUGGAGGUCUGAUUAAGGUCAACGGUCAUCCUAAGGACAUGGCCAAGUACAAGAAGUUGAUUGGCUUUGUUCCUCAGGAUGAUAUCGUUAUACCCGAACUGACGGUCCGCGAGAACAUCCUUCACUCUGCACGAUGCAGGCUGCCGAUGACUUGGAAGGAUCGAGAUAUCCAAGCGUAUGUUGAUGCGCUCAUCUCCUGCAUUGGUCUCAGUCACGUCCAGCAUUCGCUCGUUGGUGAUGCCAACAAGCCCGUGGUUUCUGGUGGGCAACGCAAGCGUGUCAGCAUUGGAAUGGAACUAGCAGCAGCUCCUAUGUGUAUCUUCCUCGACGAGCCUACAUCCGGUCUUGACGCAACCUCUGCGUCGUCGAUCAUGAGGCUCCUGAAGGCCAUCACAAAGCUCGGCGUGACCACCAUCACGAUCAUCCAUCAACCUCGUGAGCAGAUCUUCAACGGCUUCGACAACAUCCUUCUUCUUGGUCUCGGAAGCGAGAUCUACGCUGGUCCUACUGCCGAGGCACCGGUCUACUUUGACUCUCUCGGCUUCACCUUCCCACCGCGUGCGAACCCUGCUGAUGUUAUCAUGGACAUCAUCAACGGCGAGGGUUUCGAAUACCGACAAGACCACGCAACGUCUGAGACGCCAGUCACUCGACUGAUCGAGAACUGGCGCACUCGUCAUCAGCGCGAAGCUCCCGCUUACCACGCUCCACAACCCCAGCACCUGCUCCCAGAAGACGCAUACAACCAGCCCGCCUACGACCCGCCCGAACAGUCUUACCAGGACGCCCUAGCCGCCCCGAAACGUCCUCGCCCCGUUUCGAUGAUCUCCACCGCCGACCAAGAAGCCGAACUGAAGCGUACCAUGAAGAAGCGCGGCGCAUCCUGGUACGCCCAAACCUACUACUGCUGCAAGCGCAGCAUCACGCAGCAAGUUCGCCUGAAGAACAGCUUCUUCUUCGAGAUCGGCACCGGAGCCUUCGCAGGCGGCAUUAUCGGCCUCAGUGCCUUCACCGCCGAGGGCGAGCUCUUCAAGGGCAUCUACCACGACAGCUUCUCCAUGCUCUCCCACGCAACGAACUACACGUCUGCGCCGCAGCUCGGCCUCCUCGGCGCUAUGGCCAUCGGUCUCGCGGCGUCCGCACCAGCUGUCAAGGUCUUCGGCGAAGAGAAACUCAUCUUCAACCGCGAGGCGUCCUCCGGACAUAGCAUGAGCGCCUACUACGUCGGCAAGAUGGUGUCUGUGCUGCCUAGGCUGUUCAUCGCUGCCCUGCAUUUCAGCGUCUUCAUGGGCAUCCUUGCUACGCCCAUCAUGAGCUGGGUCGACAUGUUUGUCGCAAAUCUGCUGUACUUCUUCUGCGUGUACGGACUUGCGUCGUGCAUCGGCAUGGUUGUUAAGCGGGAAGACGGGCCGCUGCUCGCCGUCAUGGCCUCCCUGAUCAUCGGUAUCUUGGGUGGUGUUGCGCCACCACUGAGCAAGGUCAAGGAGUGGAAGAUCGAGUUCCUGUGGCGGAUGAGCCCUGGCGUGUGGUUCACAGAGUCGUACUUCAGCCAGUGCUUGCUGCCACUAGAUUAUCUGUAUAUGCUGGAUCAAGCGAAGGUGGCGACGGGGUUCAAUCUGGGGAAGUUCAGCUUGGAUAUGGGGGUUCUCGUCGCGCUUGGUGUCGUGUACCGUGUCAUUGCUUUUGUGUUGCUCGUUACCGUGCAGCGGAAGCGCGGGUAG